UGCAUCAUGUUCAGAGCAGCCCUCCGCUUGUCUUUCUCCGGCGUUCGGAGUUUGACCCCUACGAAACCAGCUUGCCAAGGCUUGUUGGUCUCAAGGUGCUAUUCACAUGGGAAACAGGAGACCGAUGAGGAGUUUGACGCACGCUGGGUCACCUACUUCAACAAGCAGGAUAUCGACGCUUGGGAGCUGAGAAAAGGAAUGAACACGUUGGUUGGUUACGAUCUGGUACCCGAGCCAAAGAUUAUUGAGGCGGCGCUACGAGCUUGUCGGAGAUUAAACGACUUGGCCAGUGCAAUCCGAAUUCUGGAAGCUGUCAAGGAUAAAGCCGGGCCGCACAAAGAGAUCUAUCCAUACCUUCUUCAAGAACUUCGGCCGACAUUAGAGGAGCUUGGAAUUUCUACACCAGAAGAGCUUGGCAUUGACAAAGUAUAA